CUGGCUUGUGAUCAACGAGAAGGGGAACAUGGUCACUGCUCGACAGGAACCUCGCCUGGUCCUCAUUUCCCUGAUCUGUGAGGGGGAUGCCCUGACGCUCAGCGCAGCCUACACGAAGGACCUGCUGCUGCCCGUCCAGACGCCCGCCACGAAUGCCGUGGUUAAGUGCAGAGUGCACGGCCUGGAGGUGGAGGGCAGGGACUGCGGUGAGGCCGCAGCCGAGUGGGUCACCAGCUUCCUGAAGUCACAGCCCUACCGCCUGGUACAUUUUGAGCCUCACAUGCGACCGAGAAAGCCUCACCAAAUACAUGAUGUAUUCCGGGCCAAAGAUCAGAUCGCUUACUCGGACACCAGUCCGCUCUUGAUCAUCUCUCAGGCGUCACUGGCGGAUCUCAACUCCAGGCUCGAGAAGAAAGUCAAAGCAGCUAACUUCAGGCCCAGUAUUGUCAUUUCAGGGUGUGGCGUCUACGCAGAGGAUUCGUGGAACGAGCUCCUCAUCGGGGACGUGGAACUGAAAAGGGUGAUGGCUUGCUCCAGGUGCAUUUUAACCACGGUGGACCCCGACACUGGUGUCAUGAGCAGGAAGGAGCCACUGGACACCCUGAAGAGCUACCGCCUGUGUGACCCUUCGGAGCAAAAGUUAUACGGAAAAUCGCCUCUCUUUGGACAGUAUUUUGUUCCGGAAAACCUAGGGACCAUCAAAGUGGGAGACCCCGUGUACCUGCUGGGCCGGGAAUAGGCGCCAUAGGUCCUGGAAUCUCAGAUGCCUUUGAAAAA